CAAAAAUUAACCAAAGGUAUAAUACCAGAAGGUGUUAAAGAGUUGCGUUUGGGUAAUACAAAACAAGAAUCAAUAAUUGAUUCAAUUCCUAAUACUGUAACAACUAUUACUUUAUGUGAUGGAUUCAAUCAAAAAUUAACCAAAGGUAUAAUACCAGAAGGUGUUAAAGAGUUACAUAUAGGUAAUAUAAAACAAGAACUAAUAAUUAAUUCAAUUCCUAAUACUGUAACAACUGUUACUUUUUUUCAAGGAUUCAAUCAAAAAUUAACCAAAGGUAUAAUACCAGAAGGGGUUAAAGUGUUGCGUUUGGGUAAUACAAAACAAGAAUUAAUAAUCGAUUCAAUUCCUAAUACUGUAACAACUGUUAUUUUAUGUGAUGGAUUCAAUCAAAAAUUAACCAAAGGUAUAAUACCAGAAUGGGUUAAAGAGUUACAUAUAUUUGAUAUAAAACAAGAAUUAAUUAUUGAUUCAAUUCCUAAUACAUUAAAUAAUGUCUAUAUUUAUAAAAGUUGUAAAAAAUUAAUUGAUUCUUUCGUCCCUGUAAAUGUCAAAAUAGUAAACAUUUAA